AUGCCGUUCAAGGCCUUGACCGAACUUUCGAACCGACUUUCCUUGUGUUCUCUACCAACACCAAGUACAAUGUGCUUUUCCCAAGAAGAACUUGAUUAUGUUCUUUACGGUUGCAUUUCGAACACACCCUGCCAGACAUAUCCGCGACACGCCCUCAGUGGACUACGACUCAGUGACAUGGCGAAUGAAAUGGGCCGUAUGUGGAAUAAAGGCAACAUGGCUACACUUCCUCUCUAUCCGCCAUGGAGAACAUCUCGGCUCGAUCCACCGCCCCACGUAUUGCCAGAAGAGUUGUGUAUCUAUCCCACUAUGUUUGCUGGCGUUGUGCAUUAUGGCGUGUUCUGUCGAAAAGAAGUGAUUCCGACGGGAACCAGAUACGGACCCUUUAAAGGCAAAAUCGUCAACACGAGUGAGAUAAAAACAUUUGACGACAACACACACAUGUGGGAGAUAUUCAAGAAUGGCCGUCUCAGUCACUUUGUCGACGGCCGCGGCGCCCUGGGAAGUUGGAUGUCGUAUGUAAAUUGCGCCCGCCACAAAUCGGAGCAGAAUUUAGUCGUGGUACAACAAAAUGACGAGAUUUUCUACGAAGUCUCGCGAGAUAUUCAUAACGGUUGUGAGUUGUUAGUGUGGUACGGCGAGACAUAUUUGCAAUUCAUGGGCAUUCCGGUCACGUUACACGAUGUCACCAGUUCUGAAGCCAGUUUGCCGAGCGAAGAAAACGAGAACAGCGAUGGAUACCAAUGUGAGCGCUGUGGUAAAGUGUUUGCCUACAAAUAUUACCGGGACAAGCAUUUGAAAUAUACUAAAUGUGUUGAUCAAGGAGACCGGAAAUUCCCUUGUCAUCUUUGCAGCAGCAAAGCUUUCACUGCCUCGAGCAUCCUGCGCACACAUAUACGUCAACAUUCAGGCGAAAGACCUUUUAAGGUAAGCAACAACAUGUAUUUUGAUCUAUCUAUCUAUCUAUCUAUCUAUCUAUCUAUCUAUCUCGUUACAUUCGAGUAUUUUCGACUAUUACGGUCAUUACCAAGAAUUGUGAAUGAAUGUCCCUCCGCCUCCUCAAUAAGUCCGGCGGGAGUUGGACAACAGCUUGUAAAUCAAGUUGUAAACACUUCUUUUCAUUACGCAAAACAAGAUGGCGUGCAUGCGCGGGCGUCGUCAGUGUCACGUGAUUGCGCCGUUUGCAGCCAAUCGCCGGAUAGUUUUGACGGCAAUUAUUAUAGGUGUUACUGCCUCGCUUGUACGACUGAGGGUGGCGCUGCCGAUGAUUGCCAGGAGUAUUACAAGAGCGGGGAGGGGCGUGCGCAAGAAUCCGAUCACAGUAACUUUCCACAUUUCAUUCGUUACUGCCCAACACCUUGUCACCAUUCUUGUAUGGCAAAAACACUCCACCAGGAAUCUAAAUUCCUUGUUAUUUUUAUGGAUUUGUAG